AGCACUUUUCCAAGAUGGCGGACCAUGAAAGCCAUUCAAGACGAAAGCUAUUUUUCAAUUUUAAACACGAAGCGUAGUUGUAAAAUAGAACAAUAGGAAUGAUACUCUAGCUGAUUUCUUUGCAAAAUGGAGUCAGUCACGGAACAAAUGACCAAGACAGAUUUAGGUUACGAAAUACCUACUUGGGACAACUGGUCUCCCCUCGCAAAAUUUUAUCACCCUUUACAAGCUGGCAGCAUUGAUGGAACUGACACAGUGCCACAUGAUAAGGCAGUAAUGCGUGCGAUGCUUGCAAAGUGUAAGUUAAAUUAGCUAUUCAUCGCCAUUUGGUGAAAUGCAGCUUAUGCAUAUAGGUUUGCUUGUAAGUUUGUUUUCCCAGCUGUGUUUUAGUUAUUAUUAAUUGCAGUCAUUUCAUUUUCGCUCGCUACAUAAUAAGAUAGAUUAUAAACUCAUUGUGGUUGGUUCUUAAUCAUGAUCUAUUUGAGGAUAUACGCACAGAUGACAUCAGCAUAGAUGAUAAUUUUAUCUUCUUCUCUCUAGAUAAGCCAAACAAAAGAGUAACUGGUGAUCCAGACAGCACUUUAUUUGUUGGAAAACUAAGCAAGGACACUAGUCAAGGUUAGAAAUAUCCAAAUUUAUAAUAUUUUUUCCAACAAAAAGAGAGAAACUGAUGGUUAUUGUGAUAUUCACCAAUAGUAUUUCAUGAACCUUAUAUGCUUAAAGAAUCAGACUGUAGCAAAAGACAAUAAAUACAAAAACAGUGCAAUACAUGCAGCACUUGUAAACAUAGUCACAAGACUGCAGUUGUAUUGUUUAUACUCAUAAUCCAGCUCUCUUUAAUAUUUUCUUUUAGCAACUGUGUACAAGAUAUUUGCAAAAUGUGGAGAGGUGACAAGAUGUAGGCUAGUUAGAGAUGUUGGUAAGUAGAAUUUCUCAAAAAGUUGAACAAUAUAUUAUAUAUCAUGUCAUAAUUUCCUUGGCAAUUGAGAGCAUUUUGUGUAUAGUAGCAGGAAAAUGUUGUAAAGUAAGAGGACUUUCUUCUCCAUAUCUGACUUAACCCUUUCACCCCCAAGAUUUCAUUAGCAAUUCUCCUUACUAUCUGCCAUACAGUUCUGGUGAUGUUGGUUUGGAGAAUUUGGUAUUGGAUCAACUUAUAUUCCCUUAAUUUCUAUUUUUCUUUAUUCUCAUCCCUUGUCUGUGUGAUAUUGUAUUGAUAUUGUAAAGAGAAAUUCUGUCUUGGUCACUCAUGGGAGUUAAAGGGUUAAAAACAAUUCAAUUCAUUGAAAUCUAGCCACAGUUUUCUGAAUAGUUGCUGUAGAAUUCUCUCCUCUGAUGCUCUACAAACACUCUACUGACCUAUUAGUGGUCAACUGAACUUAGCAAACUGCAGAGUUUUUCUGUUUAUAUUGUGAGUGAAGUGAGUUAUUUUUGGGGUUAAAAGAUUUUUAUGGCCCCCAAACACAACUUCAAUAGGCUCUUUAUCUGAAUGAUUACAUAUGAAUUUGAACCACUUUGAAAUAGAUUUCAAUUAAUUUUGUUCGCCUUUUUUUUUCCAUUCCCAAGGGCAUUUAUGAAAAGGGAAAGUAUAUAUCUUACUGGUCUGAAUUAACUUUUCAAUUGCAGCAUACUUACCAGGCACUUCCAAAAAGUAUUAUUAACUGCCUCUUGGUACUGAAAAAUAGCAUUAAAGUAGUUCCAGUAAAAGCUGUUACUGAAGGCUUACCAUUGCCUAUAAGUCUUCUUACUGCUAUCCAUUUAGCUUGCAUGCAGGCAUUCUUGUUUGAGUUUCUCCUUGCUUCCCCUUACCAGGCACAGCUGUCUAUAUAUUACACCAUUGGAAGCUGCUUUUGGAAAAAGUUAUCAAAACCCCUGGAUUAGUUUUCUAACCUUUGAGUAAAAGUAGCGACAGCAUCUGCAAUCACUGACAAUGAUUCAGCAAGAAACAAUAUUCUCUUCUUCCUACAGUAUAACAGGAUUAUUUUUAUGACUCAAAGUAUUUUGAUACAGAAUUAUACAUUAUGGGAAAGAUUCUUCAAUCGAGGUUUGUAAUUUGAACUUUUCCUUUUCUUGCAGUGACUGGAUUUUCCAAAGGCUAUGCAUUUGUGGAGUACAGAAGUGAGAGAGAUGCUAAUUUGGCCUGGAGGGUGAGUGGACUUUAAGUAUGAACCUGAACUUGAUAGCUCAAGGAAGGUAAUGAUCAGUUGUUUCAUUCAAUUACUCUAGGAACUACAUGGUAAAGAAGUAGAUGGCUGUACCAUAUUAGUAGAAUAUGAAGCUGCAAGAUCUCUUAAAGGCUGGAUCCCAAGACGUCUGGGUAAAGGCUAUGUCUUUAUUUGUUUGAAUAUCAUGAAAACCUUUUGUUGUUAGAAGGCAUUUUAAAAAGAUAUUCAGAUAUCCCGUUGGAAGCAUUAGAUAGUGAGUUUUUUUACCAGUUAAUGGAGUGUUUGAGAGCUAAAAUGGAAGCAAACAAUUAAAAUCAUUAGUCAAAGAAGUAAAAACUCAGUUGAAGGAAAUACAUGCUGCGGUGAUCAAAGUAACAGAGGCAAAAUAUGUAUGACCAACUCAAAGUAUUAUUUUGGGGCAUGGCUUUACCUCUCAUGGGUUUCAAGAAGUUGUAUUCAUUUUUUGAAUCAAAAACUGAUGCAAAAGUUAACAACACAUAGGUAAUAAAUGUUUUAGCUAAGAUUACUUUUCAUACCAGUGGAUAAUGUUGAACAAAAAAUUCACAAGUUUUUAUCAUUUUAGGAGGUGGCUUUGGAGGAAAGAAAGAAUCUGGACAACUGAGGUUUGGAGGAAGGGAUCGUCUCUUUAGAAGACCAAUGUGAGUUGUUUAAAUACAGUUUGUUUUAUUUGUUCAAAAUCCCCACUCCACCCCAACAGUUAGAAAUGAAUUAUAUAUUUCCAAAUUAGGGACCUACUGGAAUCCAGUUAUCAUGGGUCAUGCCUGAGCCUUGGUUGGUUCAUUUUGGUCUUGUGCAAAAUACUUGAUUAUCACAUGGCAAAGUAGUCCUGAGGUGAAACGGAGAGUUCUAAUUGGUUCUUACUUGGUCCAUAUUUUGGCAUAUUGACCGUUUCCAAAAGCUGGCAAAUUUAAAAGGAAAACGCUGGGGAAUAUUGACCCCCAGUCAUUUUUGUAAAGACCUUCCUCUGCAUUGUCUGUACUGUCACAACCUUGGGCCAAUAUUACUCAGUUAGUAAGAAACUAUUAAUUUUCACAGUACUUCCCUGCACAUAUAAGUGUAAACGGGUACUUACAGACUAUCAAGGAAAAUGGAUGAAUUUCUGGGAGGUAACCUGCAGAGUAUUAGUAUUUGGUCAAGUAGGAGUAGCAGUGCUUCUGGUUGUCUCAUGCCAAGGAAACCAGGAAAAGCAGUAGUGGGUUCGAAGGGUUGUAUCACUUCCCCCUGAUUUCCAGUAAGGUUGAAAUAAUGGAACAACAGGCUUCAAAAUAAAAAUGAAGGCUUCUCCUGCACGCCAGGUGUAUUUUUUUUUGUUCAAAGGGAUGGGAAAGAAAGUUUGAAAGCUGCCAUGAUUGUGCAUGAGCUGUAAAAGAAUUUUUCAGUGGUUGUUCUCCCGGCCUCCACAGUCCCUGUAUCAUUUGUCUUUGUAAGAGAUCUGUUAGCCAGGGCGGCUUGUAUUUGAACUUCAAGUCGUUGUAAAACAUAAUGACAGAUUAAUUUACUUUUUCUUUACAGUCCAACACAACAAAUUGGAAACCAACACAAGUUUUUACGGGGUUCGCGAGAUCACGAGGGAAAUCGUGGACCACGUGAAAAUACCCGUGACACUUAUCGUGAAAGAAACAACGACAACGUUCGUGAGAAUUAUUCCCAACGUGAGCGUGAUCGUGAUCGAGAUGGAUCUCGUGACAAACGGGAACGUGACAAAGAAAGCUCACGAAGCAGUUCUUACUUUCGUGAUCGCGAGGGCGAUACUGAAGGAAAGCAAUACCGUGAGCGUGACAGUAAUAGAUCGCGUGAUCGUUACAAAGACCGUGAACGUUAUGAAGAAAGUGAAAGGUCUCGCGUUAAAGAAAGACAUAGCCACCGCGAAAAACGAAGGGAAAGUUACGAGACUGGUGAUAAAAGGAGAUACGAAGAAGGAGACGGGGAGAUGCGGUAGUGUGUAGUUCAAAGAAGCUUAAUGCAGCUGUCGAGUGAACUAUUUGUUGUCACCGAAAGGUAAGCCUUGCAAUUCUAAGGAUGGCAACAAAUCGGUAUUGACCUUUCAAGUAAUGCAAGAAAGGAGAUUCGCUUCUCGAUGAGGCGGAAGAGCCACACAACAUCAAUAAUACUCGAGGUUAUUCUGCCACUUUAAUUAGUUCGUCUUUAGUCUCGCAGAGUUGUUCAUGAUCAUCUUGUGGAUUGACAACACCGAGUUUAUGGUAGAAUGUUGAAAAGUUAUACAAGAAAAAAAGUUGCUGCUUUUGGAAUACUCGACUUACUUUGUUCGGACUCUUAGAGUAGCCUAAGGGUGAUACCCCGAGGUAAAUUAAUUGAUAGUGAACAAGAGAUUAUAAUCUCUUAGUCUUAAAUAAAUUAACAGUUAAAAGGAAACUAAUUUAUUUGUGAUCAGUUCACCAAAGCCUAUUUUGUUUAUCUCGGGGUUGUAUGAUAUUCAACUUCCUUGUUUAUACGAAUGGUCUCAUCUGCUGACGAGAAUCAAACCUGCGAUCAGGCGUUCUUUUUCCGGGGGGAGCGCGAUACUGUAACAGCGCAGAAGGAGGCACCUGGGUGUUACUCCGCCUUCCUACUCUGGCGCAGCAGCACUAUCAUGUUUCCCCCCGGAAAAAGAAUGCCCGGUCGCAGUAUAAUUAGAUGAAGAUCUUUUCCAGUUCCGCGAAUUUUGCUAACUGGCGGAUAUUGCUUGCGACGACUAUUUAUCAUCAAAAAAACGUUUGAGUAAAGCUUAUGGAGCAUUCUUUGGAGAUGAAAAAGUUCGUUCCUGAAUUAUAGUCAAUAUGACCUCUAUGCAGUAGCAUUUAUAUCCUUUCAUUGAAAUGAAAAUUACUUAGCAAACCCGCGCGAAGCAUUUUAAGGAAAAAAAAAUCGUUAGUGACCAAUAAUUUUUGUCAGAGCAAGGGACCUUGUGUUUACCGUCUCUUGAUGAAAAAUGUUUAAACUGGUAUGCACGACUAUUGAAAUAAUGCACGUUUAUAUUUAUUUAUUUACUUGUCUGAAAAAAGGAAAACUAGGUGACAAAAUCGCAGUAUUAUUUUCCCACUCAAUAACAGUCAAAAUAAAUUGUCAUGCCGUUACACUAUAGAUCAAGUCUCCUCAAAUGAAGAAAUAGUGGGGAACAAAACAGUGAGAGAGGAGAGUCAUUGUAAUUUGCAUAAUCAAAGAACGGCCAGUCAUCUAACGUAGCCAGACGUUAGCUUGGUCGUUUUAAAAUGUUCGUGACGCACAUCGUUCAUUAAAAUUAUUAUUUCUGUGCACAGCUGCGUAAAAUUAAGCACUUGUGGGAACCGUGACGAAUUUCCUUUGUGGUCUGUUUUGAGGUCAAUCAAAAUCCUUGCACAAAUAUCGGGCUGGGUAAAGUACGUUUAGUAAAAAUCAUGAGGUUUCAAAAAAAAUGAACCCAAAUAUCAGACGUUGACGUGCAUGCAAAUUUUACAAUAAUAGUGUGGUAAUGUACUUCUAAUAAAGUGACU